AUGCGUAUGAUUUAAAUAAGGGUCAAUUAUUUUUUUAUAUAUUCUUUAUUGCUUUGGAAUUACGCUUAAACCAAAAAAAAUCCGCAUAAUAUCUUUUUAAUUAAAAAAAUAAAUUAUUAAAAGUCCAAAAAACGAGCGGGAAAUUCAAAGUAAUUGAAACGCAACGCUAUUGGUCAUAUUGAAUGUGACGUAAAAGUCUAUAAUAACAGUGUGAACUGAUAUAGCAUUUGCUGUGUUUUUGUAAUCGAAUUAAGUUUAUUGUGGUUUCUAUACAUAUUUGGAGUUAUAUUGCAUUGUUUUGUAAGAAUAAACUCGUAGGAAAAUGACUGAUACCGGUUUUGUGAAGGCACAAUCAGAUAAUCUCCCCAAAAUUGAUGUGUUCAUGAUGUCAACAUUUUUUGCAUCUAAUCCCGAUUUUACGUCUGCUGAAAUCAAAGGAGUGAAAGCUACAAGAUCCGGACGAGAAUCAUAUGGUGACUCAGCCAUUGGAUAUGUUCAAGUUAAACGGGAGGGUAAUAUAUGUAUUGUGAAAGCGCGAAUAACCCCUGAACACAACGUCCGCCAGAAGUGUUACACUGUAACAGCUACCUGUAAUGAGGCUGAAGAAACUGUCAUGUCUGUGCUGUGUGAAGACUGUGCAGCACAUAAAGGAGGCUGUAAACAUGCCAUAGCCUUUUUGGCUUGGCUACAUAGGCGUAGUGAAGACCCUCCAUCCACUAGUGUUGAUUGCUACUGGAAAAAGUCUAAGUUGUCCUCAGUGGGUACAAGUCUUAAGUUUAUUAAGGCAAAGGAUAUUUGUAAUGCAACAAAGACACAGCCAAACCCUGCAUCAACACAGACUUCACAAGAAUCCUUUUUCAGUAUUGUAAAAACAUAUAGUAAGAAAGUUGGUGACACAGAGAAUCAACUCAUGAAAUAUUAUAAAGAACCAAGCAAUUCAGAAAAGUUAUCAAUUCAUUAUUUAGUAAGUAUAACGCAGAAUAAACCGAAAACUGCCGAAGAGUUUAUUGAAUUUUGCAAGCAGAUGAUGCAGACUAAAGCAUGUGAAGAAGCUGCACUUGCAACUUCAGAACAAAGUGAGUGCCCUUUAUGGUAUGAGUUGCGAUAUGCAAGGAUCACUGCAUCAAAAGCGCAUGAGGCUGCACACUGCAAGGUGUUGGAUGGAGCUUUAACCGAAGCCAUCAUGGGAGCAUCAAAACUAAAAGACACAGAUGCCAUGAAAAGAGGAAGAAUGUUAGAAAGUGAAGUCAAAUUAGAGGUAGAAAAAAAUAAAAAAAUAAAAAUAAACAAAUGUGGGAUUAUAUUGGAUCCACUACAUCCCAUUAUGGGUGCAUCACCUGAUGGGGAAACUGUUGAUUAUAGCAUUGAAAUUAAAUGCCCUUCAUCAGAAAAAUCUAUGAAUCAGUACAUUGGAAAAAAUAACACAAUAGCAGUAAAAUUCAUGGCACAGGUUCAGUUACAGAUGCAUUUCUCAAAUAAAACUAAAGCACUAUUUUGUGUAGCACAAAGUGAUUUUGAAGAAUCAAAGAAAGUACAUAUAAUAGAGGUACACUAUGAUAAGGAGUUUUGUGAAAACUUGAUAGAAAAAUGUACUUUAUUUUGGUGUAAGGCAAUUUUUCCUUUGUUAUUUAAAUAGGACAAACUCAAAUAAAACAAAAUUAAUUAAAUCUAUUUUUUUAUUAAAACAUCCUGAAUAUUAAUCAAACCACAAGCUAUGAUUAUAACUUCAUCUAUAAUAGGGAUUAAGCUAUGGUCAACACAUGCAUGAGGCAGUAACAUGUGAAAUUCCCUUAAUCUAUUUAUAACUCGUUCUAUAUGAAUCCUUAAUGCUGCUAUUCUUUUUGACUGUUUUACAUCUUCUUUUGCACUGGCAGUAGACUUGAAAACAGAAGGAGGUCGUAUAAGUCUACAUUGCUUUUUUUCUAGCAAAUGUGAUAUUUCUUUAAAGCCUCUGUCAGCCAUAACUGCAGUUUUAGGUGGCAAACAGUCAAGAAAACCACAGUCUUCCACUAUCAUUACGUCCGUUGCCCUGCCACUGUAUCCAACAGAGAUAAAGUUAACCAAUCCAUCAGGUGUACAAGAAAUUAAAUAUUUCAAUGUG